CCCGUCCAGCCGGAAGUGGCGCGGACGCCGCUCAGUGCGCGCCGGCCGGGCAACCCUAUGCUGGCGUAGUCGGGUUCCUCCGAGCCGCCGUAGGACUGGUUCCGGCGGGCUGGUGAGGAAUGGAGCCGGUAGGCUGCUGUGGCGAGUGCCGCGGCUCCUCCGUAGACCCGCGGAGCACCUUCGUGUUGAGUAACCUGGCGGAGGUGGUGGAGCGUGUGCUCACCUUCCUGCCCGCCAAGGCGUUGCUGCGGGUGGCCUGCGUGUGCCGCUUAUGGAGGGAGUGUGUGCGCAGAGUAUUGCGGACCCAUCGGAGCGUAACCUGGAUCUCCGCAGGCCUGGCGGAGGCCGGCCACCUGGAGAGGCAUUGCUUGGUUCGCGUGGUAGCAGAGGAGCUUGAGAAUGUUCGCAUCUUACCACAUACAGUUCUUUACAUGGCUGAUUCAGAAACUUUCAUUAGUCUGGAAGAGUGUCGUGGCCAUAAGAGAGCAAGGAAAAGAACUAGUAUGGAAACAGCACUUGCCCUUGAGAAGCUAUUCCCCAAACAAUGCCAAGUCCUUGGGAUUGUGACCCCAGGAAUUGUAGUGACUCCAAUGGGAUCAGGUAGCAAUCGACCUCAGGAAAUAGAAAUUGGAGAAUCUGGUUUUGCUUUAUUAUUCCCUCAAAUUGAAGGAAUAAAAAUACAACCCUUUCAUUUUAUUAAGGAUCCAAAGAAUUUAACAUUAGAAAGACAUCAACUCACUGAAGUAGUAACAAGCAUUUUAGAAGUUUUUAGAAGACGCGGGUUAGUUCUUUGUGAACUAAUUAGAAAGAUGGGAACAAGUAAAGUGACCCUGAUGAGUCUUAGGAAAGGUCUUUUAGAUAACCCUGAACUUCGUGUGGUCCUUGUCUUUGGUUAUAAUUGCUGUAAGGUGGGAGCCAGUAAUUAUCUGCAGCAAGUAGUCAGCACUUUCAGUGAUAUGAAUAUCAUCUUGGCUGGAGGCCAGGUGGACAACCUGUCAUCACUGACUUCUGAAAAGAACCCUCUGGAUAUUGAUGCCUCGGGUGUGGUUGGACUGUCAUUUAGUGGACACCGAAUCCAGAGUGCCACUGUGCUCCUCAACGAGGACGUCAGUGAUGAGAAGACUGCUGAGGCUGCGAUGCAGCGCCUCAAAGCGGCCAACAUUCCAGAGCAUAACACCAUUGGCUUCAUGUUUGCAUGCGUUGGCAGGGGCUUUCAGUAUUACAGAGCCAAGGGGAAUGUUGAGGCUGAUGCAUUUAGAAAGUUUUUUCCUAGUGUUCCCUUAUUCGGCUUCUUUGGAAAUGGAGAAAUUGGAUGUGAUCGGAUAGUCACUGGGAACUUUAUAUUGAGGAAAUGUAAUGAGGUAAAAGAUGAUGAUCUGUUUCAUAGCUAUACAACAAUAAUGGCACUCAUACAUCUGGGGUCAUCUAAAUAAUAAUUAAAGUGGCUUUCAUAAUAUGUAACUUUUGGGUUCUGCCUUUUUCAGAAAAUGGAAACUUGGGCCAUGUGUAUUUCAAACAAAAAUAACUUUAGAUACAUCUUUUUUGUAGCUUUGAUUGAUGCUCUAAGAUCACAUGAGGGUAGUUUUUAAUAUAUUAGAUGAAGGACAACUUUGGACAUAACACUGACUAGGAGUUGAGAGCUUUUGCAUCAGGCAGAAGCAAACUGAUUAUAGUUGUGUUGCACCAGAUCAUGUAGCUGCUGUGUAACAUGACCUUAAAUAGUCUUCCUGCAUAGGAAGAGCAAAAGGGUAUUCAUCAAUAGGAUAUAGAUUUAAGACAUUCCCUGACUACCCCUUGCGUUGUUAGGUGAUGUCUUUUAGCAGAAUCAUGAAGACCUUUUUUCUCCCUUAAUAAAGGAGAAAAAUAUACUGAUGGCUUGAGAAAUUUUUCUCUGCCUUUCAGUUUUAUGAAUUUUUUCAGAAGUAACAAUAUUAUUAUUGACUUUUUACUUAUUUGAUAAAAAUUAAAGAACUAUUUUUGUUUUGGUCAGAUAAAUUGACAAGACUAAUCAGUAUUUUAUUAUAAGUAAAACAUUUUUCUUCUUUCCUUAAAAAUAUUUUUUUUUCACCUAGGUCUAAAUAGCUAACUAACUGGUAGACCAGAGUACUACAUCAUCUUAAUUUGAUUUUAUACUAAUAAAACAUAGCGUGGAACUCA